AUGGAACAGAAAAAGAUUUUAUUCAUCCAUGGCAACAGCAGGGAAAUGUCCAAUUUAUCGUCACAAGUACAGCUAUGUAGCACAUUAUACAGAGACAUCUAUGUGUUGGACUCGGUUGAAACUCUCAUUUCUGCAAUGAAAAAACGCAAGUGUAACAUUUUUAUCAAUGAGUCUGGUAAUAAAUUGGCAGUCGGUCGGAUCUAUGAUGACGAGAUACUUGAUAUAGUUGAAUACGAAAUCUUGGAGAAGAAAGGAUUCGUAUCUGGUGGUACAGCACUUGGCUCAAAGUAUCUCAUGCUCUUCCUGGGUUUGUCCGAUCGGGAAAGAAAUUUAUGGACGGACGUGCUGUACCAGAAGUCGUCCCAGAUCAAUUUAGAGGCCAUUAAGUAUGUUUUUGUGUUGACCAGACAGGAGAAUGAGUUUAUCAUAAGUUUGUGUACGAAGGAUAAGCUUGAACUGAUUGGUCCAUUCUACAAGUUGAAGGUGGUGCAGGAGAAAUACUGUGAUUCAGCACUGUUUAAGACAUCGCUUGGUAUCCAGAAGCCAAAAAAAAUAAAAAAUAUAGCGGUGAACGAGCAAAAAACAAAGUUGGGCAAGAUUUAUGUCAAUAAGCAGGAUUUCAAGGAUUUAAGGCUGAAGAAAGGCAUUUUCAAACCAAAAGACUGACCUUGUUUAUUUUCUAGGUUUGUAAAGCGGAUGCCCAUAUCUAUACUUCCGCUAUUUUUCGUCAAUA